AUUACUCGUCCACCAUCGCUCCGCCCCGCUACAUUCUGCUUUCCCCCGCCCCACCCCACCCCACCCCAUCCCACCCCUGUGCCCAGUUCACUCCUCCCCCGCAGGGUCGGAGCUCUGGGGACCAGAGUCGGCGGUCAGCCUGGGACCUCGAGUGGAGCUAUUGGGGCAGGUAGCCCCGGGGCAGGAGCCAGGGAUCCCAGCAGCCUUGCUACCUGAGCCCGGCUCCCCUAGUCCCCGGCCAGCUGAGAACUGCAGGAGCCCAAGAGACGCCCCAGGACAGCGGAAGGAACGGCCGAAGGAGCUUCUCCUGGAGACUGCUGAAAAAAGCCCGUCACGCGUGGAUGCGGCGGGAGCCUAGAGACGCGUGUAGCCAGAGCCGCUUCUGCCCUCGGGCGCCUUAUGGCUUGAAGGAACAGAGCACAGCUGGCCAGUGGCUCCAUUGCUCCCAUGGAUCCCUUGAACCUGUCCUGGUAUGAUGAUGACCUGGACGGCCGGAAUUGGUCCCAGUCCUUGAAUGGGUCCGAGGCAAAGGCAGACAAGCCCCACUACAACUACUAUGCCAUGCUGCUCACCCUGCUCAUCUUCGUCAUCAUCUUCGGUAAUGUGCUGGUGUGCAUGGCUGUGUCUCGAGAGAAGGCGCUCCAGACCACCACCAACUACCUAAUCGUCAGCCUUGCCGUGGCUGACCUCCUUCUGGCCACGCUAGUCAUGCCCUGGGUCGUCUACCUGGAGGUGGUGGGAGAGUGGAAAUUCAGUCGGAUUCACUGUGAUGUCUUUGUCACCCUGGAUGUCAUGAUGUGUACUGCAAGCAUCCUCAACCUCUGUGCCAUCAGCAUCGACAGGUACACAGCAGUAGCAAUGCCAAUGCUCUACAAUACCCGCUACAGCUCCAAACGCCGCGUUACCGUCAUGAUCACUGUUGUCUGGGUCCUGUCCUUUGCCAUCUCCUGCCCACUGCUCUUCGGACUCAACAACACAGAUCAGAAAGACUGCAUCAUUGCCAAUCCUGCCUUCGUUGUCUACUCCUCCAUUGUCUCCUUCUACGUGCCCUUCAUCGUUACCUUGCUCGUCUACGUUCAGAUCUACAUCGUCCUUCGAAAGCGCCGGAAACGUGUCAACACCAAGCGCAGCAGCCGGGGGCUGGAGUCCGACGCACAGGCCCCACUCAAGGACAAGUGUGCUCACCCUGAUGAUAUGAAGCUCUGCACCAUCAUCAUGAAAUCCAAUGGGAGUUUCCCAGUGAACAAGAGGAAAGUGAUUCUCGUGCAGGAGGCUGCACGUCGUGCAGAACAGAUGGAGAUGGAGAUGAUGUCCAGUACCAGCCCACCGGAGAAAACCAAAUACAGUCCCAUCCCCCCAAGCCACCAUCAGCUCACCCUCCCUACCCCUUCCACCCAAGGAGUCCAUUCUUCCCCUGACAGCCCCAUGAAGCCAGAGAAGAAUGGGCAUGCCAAAGGUCACCCCAGGUCUGCCAAAGUCUUUGAGAUCCAGUCUAUGCCCAAUGGCAAAACCCGGACUUCCCUCAAGACCAUGAGCCGGAGGAAACUUUCCCAGCAGAAGGAGAAAAAAGCUACCCAGAUGCUGGCCAUUGUCCUUGGAGUGUUUAUCAUCUGCUGGCUGCCAUUCUUCAUCACCCACAUCUUGAAUAUGCACUGUGACUGCAACAUUCCACCCGCCAUGUACAGCGCAUUCACGUGGCUGGGCUAUGUCAACAGUGCCGUCAACCCCAUCAUUUAUACUACCUUCAACAUCGAGUUCCGCAAAGCCUUCCUGAAGAUUCUCCAUUGCUGACUCUACCAGCUGCCUGCCCACCCGCCUGCCCACCCGACCCCUCGCCUACCUGUGUCGCCAAGCAAAGAGCCUAUGGUGAUGAGGGGAGGGAGAUCUGGCCCUCCUUUCUGAGUCUGAUGGGUCCUGAACAGCUCCCCUCCCACCUCUCUGGUCGGCAGGGUGGGGGCCCUCCAGGCACAUCCAAGGCAGUUUGUUACAGAGGUGCAUUGCCCACAACUGCAAUGUCUAAGCCUCUGAAGCAACAAGAUGCUUAUUGGCCCUGUUGCCAGGGCUGGACCCCUUGGGGACUCUGGGGGACAGCUAAUAUGGAAAGCAGCAUCUGCUCACAGGGACAUCCCCCUCUGCUUCCUGGAUGCCUCCCCUUUGCACCAAAGACAAAGCCACCAGCUGCUGUCACUAUUUUCUGCCCCCAUCUCCUCUCUGGCUCUGAGCAUGGAUGCAACAGCUGGGAGAUCUAACUGAGGUCUCUCGACCCUGCUCACUCUCCACCUGCCUGGCCCUGGGUGGGGUUUGACAAGUCAGUGGGAGGGGAUUGGUCAAGGUCAGGUUCAGUGGGAGCAACAGCUAAGGUUCAGUCUGGCACCCACCUACAGCACCAUGAGACCUAUGUAAAUACUAGACCACAGGAUGAUUCCCAGAAAAGCCCAAGCCCAAAAAAAGAAAAAAGAAAAAAAAAGUAAAUCCUUCUCCAAGAUGCUGCUUUGCAUGGCAGUGAGUAGUGGUCUAGGGGCUCCUCCCUAUGUUCCCUCCAGCUUCCUAUCUAGUGGCUGCUAUCUGAAGGACUAACUAUAACUAAUGCUGGCUUUGUGUAUUGAGCUGGGCAGCCCAUGAGCCCCUUAAGUCAAAGGGGGAAAGAGAGAUGGGCUAUGGAACUUUGGUUACUUUCUGAGAGACUCCAUGGUCUAGCAACCCAAUAAGUGAUUACAGAUUCUGCCUCAAAACCUUGGAACCUGAAUAUUGGCCUGUGGCUGGAGUGAGGGCAUCUAGGCUAGGGGGUAAGCAACCUGUGGCCAGGGCAUCAUAGUGUUACUGGAGGUGAUAAUGUUGGUAGCCAUGUGCCACACCUCCUUUUCUCUUCUCUUCUUCCUUUCUCUCUCUUUCCUUCCCCUGCUUGUCCCUUCCCUUCCCCAUGCCCUGCCUCUGCCUUAGACCUGCCACCAGCUAAACAGGCUGUUGACCCUGGCCUGGCCUAGCCUCACAUGGCCCUGUGGGGGCCAGGGGAAACUGCAGCUGCUGUGGAGGUUACUUGGCUGUCCCCAGGCCCCAGUCUUUCUGUACCAUCACUGUACAUAUGACAAUCCAAUAAAAUCUAAU